UAAAACCGGCCUGACUGGAUCCACCAGCCUGGACAACAGAGGGAAGACCAUCGCAAACCAAGAGAUCAAUCAAGAACAACCCAACCCAGCCCAACAUACAAGGGAAAUCAUAUCAACCGACGCCAAAUAUGAAGACCAUCCAUAUGGCACUGCUCCUAGCCAUGAUCCUCGCCGCAUCAUCGUUAGGCGGCAUGGCGGGCGAGGCGGUUGGCCCCAAGUACUUCCAAGACACUUGCUCGGCGGUGAUCCCGACAGGUCCCAAGUGCGAGGCGGCUAAGUGCAAGGCGGACUGUGCGCGCCAGUUCAAGGGUGGAGUUGGUGGUUGCGCCGCCCAGGGUUGCCGGUGCGUCUACACCUGCGCCUUCCCAAAGUAGUAUGCGACCUUGAUGUAGCCACCGGGUCUGGCUGCUGACCAGUGAUGAGAGGGUCAUAUAUGUGCUUGUUAUUAUUCUUGAAAUUUGA